UCCCUUCACGUGCCCAUACCCUCUGUUUACUCCCACGCUCUCUCUACGCGUAUAUAUAUACACUCACACUCGCCGCGUAAGUAUAUGCGCAGGUUUUGGUGUGAUUGGAUCUUACGAAUUAUCCACGCAAUCUGCUUUUCUUCGCUUUCUCAGACCCCCCAUGAACGACGCUUGAAGGAAGUUUGAUUCCGUCGGAAUCGUGUUCGUAUAUAUACGUAUAUAAGUACAUAGAUACAUAUAUUUACACCUCCAUAUACAUAUUCAUAGUACCAUACCCACGUAUUGAUUUGGAGGCGGGGAGAGGAGAGAUGGAGAAGUACGAGGUUAUGAAGGAUUUGGGAGCUGGGAAUUUCGGUGUCGCUCGGCUUAUGAGGCACAAGGAGACGAAGGAGCUCGUUGCUAUGAAAUACAUCGAAAGAGGCCGCAAGAUAGACGAGAACGUGGCAAGAGAGAUUAUCAAUCACAGAUCACUAAGGCACCCGAAUAUCAUCCGGUUCAAGGAGGUGGUGCUGACUCCCACUCAUCUGGCAAUUGUGAUGGAAUACGCUGCUGGAGGGGAACUCUUUGAUCGAAUCUGUAAUGCUGGUAGAUUCAGUGAAGCUGAGGCUAGAUACUUCUUUCAGCAGCUGAUUUGCGGUGUUGACUACUGUCACUCCAUGCAAAUAUGCCAUAGAGAUCUGAAGCUUGAGAACACACUGCUUGAUGGAAGCCCUGCUCCCCUUUUGAAAAUCUGUGAUUUUGGCUACUCUAAGUCAUCUCUGCUGCAUUCUAUACCCAAAUCAACGGUGGGCACUCCAGCAUACAUAGCACCCGAAGUUCUUUCUCGGAAGGAGUACGAUGGCAAGUUGGCGGAUGUGUGGUCGUGUGGAGUGACGCUUUAUGUGAUGCUGGUGGGAGCGUACCCGUUUGAGGAUCCCGAUGAUCCACGUAACUUCAGGAAAACAAUCCAGCGAAUAAUGGCUGUGCAGUACAAGAUUCCGGACUAUGUCCACAUCUCUCAGGACUGCAAACACCUUCUCUCCCGCAUAUUCGUCACUAACCCACUCAAGAGAAUCACGCUUAAAGAGAUAAAGAACCACCCUUGGUACUUGAAGAACUUGCCGAAGGAGCUGACAGAAUCUGCUCAAGCUAAUUACUACAAGAGGGACAAUCCUAGUUACUCUCUUCAAAGCAUAGAGGAUAUAAUGAAGAUCGUAGGAGAAGCGAGGAAUCCGGCUCCAUCUUCUACUCCUGUAAAGGGCUUUGGCUCUGGAGCUGAGGAGGAAGAAGAAGAAGAUGGUGAUGCGGAAGAAGAGGAAGAGGGAGAGGAGGAAGAAGAAGAUGAAUACGAAAAGCAUGUCAAGGAGGCACAGUCUUGCCAGGAACCUCACAAAGCUUAAUUAAAAACAAAAUCAUAUCUUUCUUUUGUAAUCUAUUUAAUACAAUAAAUACCCUGCGGUUACUGUAAUUUUGUUUUGAGUUUGGUAUGUGAAUUUUAAGGUGUCUCUGCAUCUUCUUCCAUGUCCGAAAGACAAUCUUGAAUCUCCUGUUAAAAAAAUUUCUUGUAUACUUUUUGAACUUUUGUUU